CAUGUGUAGAACGUGCAGUGCAUUGUAGUUGAAUUGCUUAUUUCUAAAUUUUCUAAAGUAAAACUAAUUUCUUAAAACUAUUGAGUAUAUCACAAUUAUAUAUUAAUUAAGACUAUUGUUUGAGCUUAACCUAAAAUUCUCAUAUACUACGAAUCGAACAAAAGGACUAGUAGUAGAGUGAAUAUAGGAGUAAAGGAAGGGAAAACGGAGAAGAAAAACUAAACGAUAUUAAAAUACACAUUAUUUGAAAUCUCGGAACAUCUUUAUUCUUCUCCAUCGGCGAAAAGUAACACACUGAAUGAGCUGUGUAUACAGUUCUGUUCAGAACGAACUGUGUACGGUGAUCGGUUUAUAAAAGGAAUGCAAUCGAACGAGUGAUAGAUGAAUGGUGCUGCAAGUUUAUCAAUCGUCGAAAAGGAGAAUGAACAAUUCGACACCCAAACCACCAUCGAAGCAUAAUCUCGUCUGGAUAGAUCUAGAAAUGACGGGGUUGGACUUGGAAAAACAUCGAAUAGUCGAAAUUGCAUGCUUAGUGACAAACAAGAACUUGGAAGUUGUCGAGCCAGGGAAAGAUAUUGUCAUUCACCAUCCAGAAGAAGUACUGCAGGAAAUGACCGACUGGUGCCGAGAUGUUCACACGCAAACGGGCCUUACUCAGGCGGUGCGAGAUUCGAAGGUUGACAUCGAAGAAGCUGAACGGAUAGUGCUGGAAUACGUUAAAAGACACUGUCCCGAAAGGAGUUGUCCUCUGGCAGGAAACACCAUUUACAUGGACAGGAUGUUCCUCUAUCGGUAUAUGCCGACAUUGAACGAAUAUUUACACUAUCGUGUGGUGGAUGUCAGCUCAAUGAAGGAACUUUGCAAACGUUGGAAUGGUGAAAUUUUUAGCAAAGCUCCCCCGAAAUCUUUGAAACAUCGUGCAUUGCAGGAUAUCGAGGAGAGUAUUGGGGAACUAAAAUAUUACAAACAAUACAUGUUCGCAACGCAUUCGAAUUGUUGAGAGAAAGUUUAUCUGCUAGAAAUCAAAAUAUCAACAAUCAACAAUAUCUUAACGCCAGAUUGAGGAUUCUUUUUAGUAUUUAUAUUCUCAUAAACAAUUAUAUUGUGUUAAAAUCUGCACUAGAAAAUUUAUUUAUGGUAGGCUCAUCAACUAUUCAUGCAAUCAAUGGUAUAAAAUUACGAAGGAAAAAUACUAAACAAUUAGCUGGAUAUCGCAAUUUUCUAUGUUUAUUUUACACAUAACAUCCAAAUAAAUAUUAAUGAACUUUA